GAGGGUGGAGCUUUCCCUUGUCGUCCAGGAAAGGGCUGGGCCCGGCCUGUAUACAUGUGAGGGCAGGAGAGAGCGACUGCCGGCGCUCUCCUGCGGAAUCCGGGUGGUGAGCACUGCCUGACCGAUUCUCGGGACUCCCCCACGUGACUCUGAGUCGCGGAUCACCGGAUGCCCAAGAUUCCCUGGACCCCAAUCCCCGAUUUCAGAUCCUCAGGACCUUACAAGUCAGAGGCCGGAUUUCGCCCUGGACACCAGAUUCCCAAACGGGACCUCCGGCCGGACUCCGGAUCUCCAGAUCUCCAGAUCUUCAGAUCCCGUAGGAGAUUCCCGAUCCUGACCUGAUUCCCGAUCCCGAGAUCCCGGUAUCUGUUGUCUCUGGCUCCUGUCCCGCCCCGGGUGCCCAAAGCCCGGCGCCCGACGCCCGAGCGCCCCCGCAUGGCGGGGCAGUGCCUGAGGUCCGGAGCCGCGGAGCGCGCCGGCAGCUGCUGGCAGGACCCGCUGGCCGAGGCGCUGAGCCGGGGCCGGCCGCUCGCGGCGUCCCCGGGCCGGGGCUGCGCGAGAAGCCGGCCGCUUAGCGUGGUCUACGUGUUGACCCGGGAGCCGCAGCCCUUGGCGGAACCCGAGACUGGAGCCGAGGCGGAGCCGCUGCCUCUGCGCUGCCUGCGUGAGGCCUGCGCGCAGCUCCCCGGACCGCGGCCACGACCUCAGCUGCGCAGCCUGCCUUUUGGGACCCUGGCGCUGGGAGACACCUCAGCGCUCGAUUCCUUCUACAACGCGGAUGUGGUGGUGCUGGAGGUGAGCAGCUCCCUGGCGCAGCCCUCCCUGUUCUACCACCUGGGUGUGCGGGAGAGCUUCAGCAUGACCAACAACGUGCUCCUCUGCUCCCAGGCCGACCUCCCUGACCUGCAGGCCCUGCGGGAGGACAUUUUCCAGAAGAACUCGGAUUGCGUUGGCAGCUACACGCUGAUCCCCUAUGUGGUGACAGCCACUGGUCGGGUGCUAUGUGGAGAUGCGGGCCUCCUGAGGGGCCUGGCUGACGGCCUGGUACAGGUUGGGGUGGGCACCGAGGUGCUGCUCACACCCCUGGUGGGCCGGCUUGCCCGCCUGCUGGAGACCACGCCCACGGACUCCUGUGGCUAUUUCCGGGAGACCAUUCGGCGGGACAUCCGGCAGGCGCGGGAGCGGUUCAGCGGGCAGCAGCUGCGGCAGGAGCUGGCUCGCCUGCAGCGGAGACUGGACAGCGUAGAGCUGCUCAGCCCUGACAUCAUCAUCAACCUGCUGCUCUCCUACCGUGAUGUGCAGGCCAGGGCAUGCUAUUCCCUCCUGCAGGACUACUCAGCCAUCAUUGAGCUGGUGGAGACACUGCAGGCCUUGCCCACCUGUGACGUGGCCGAGCAGCACAAUGUCUGCUUCCACUACACAUUUGCCCUCAACCGGAGGAACAGGCCUGGGGACCGGGAGAAGGCGCUGGCUGUGCUGCUGCCGCUGGUACAGUUUGAGGGCUCAGUGGCACCUGACCUAUAUUGCAUGUGUGGCCGUAUCUAUAAGGACAUGUUCUUCAGCUCUGGCUUCCAGGAUGCUGGGCACCGGGAGCAGGCCUAUCACUGGUAUCGCAAGGCUUUUGAUGUGGAGCCCAGCCUCCACUCGGGCAUCAAUGCAGCUGUGCUUCUCAUUGCCGCUGGGCAGCGCUUUGAGGACUCCAAGGAGCUCCGGUUCAUAGGCAUGAAGCUGGGCUGCCUGCUGGCCCGAAAAGGCUGUGUGGAGAAGAUGCAGUAUUACUGGGAUGUUGGCUUCUACCUGGGAGCUCAGAUCCUUGUCAAUGACCUCACCCAGGUGGCACUGGCUGCAGAGCAGCUGUACAAGCUCAAUGCCCCCAUAUGGUACCUGGUGUCUGUGAUGGAAACCUUCCUGCUGUACCAGCACUUCAGACCCACACUAGAGCCUCCUGGAGAAACCCCACACCACGCCCACUUCUGGCUCCACUUUUUGCUACAGUCCUGCCAGCCACUCAAGAUGACUUCUCCCCAAGGGGAGCAGUGCUUGGUGCUGGUCCUGGAGAUGAAUAAGGUGCUGCUACCGGCCAGGCUGGAGGCUCAGGGUACCAACCCGGUGAGCGCAGUGACAGUGAGCCUGCUGGAGCCCGGUAAGCAGGUGGUAUCGCCGGACGUUCCCUCCAGCUGGACCUUCCCGGUGGCCUCCAUCAGCGGUGUCAGCGUGUCGAAGCGAGACGAGCGCUGCUGCUUCCUCUACGCGCUUCCCCCGGCUCAGGACGUCCAGCUGUGCUUCCCCAGCGGAGGGCACUGUCAGUGGUUCUGCGGGCUGAUCCAGGCCUUGGUGAAGAAUCCGGACUCCACGGCGGCCGCAGAGGAGGCGGAGGGCGGAGGGGAGGUAUUGGAGUUUGAUUAUGAGUACACGGAGUCGGGAGAGCGGCUGGUGCUGGGCAAGGGCACCUACGGGGUGGUGUACGCCGGCCGCGAUCGGCGCACGCGGGUGCGCAUCGCCAUCAAGGAGAUCCCGGAGCGGGACAGCAGGUUCUCUCAGCCACUGCAUGAAGAGAUCGCUCUGCACAAACGCCUGCGCCACAAGAACAUCGUGCGCUAUCUGGGCUCAGUCAGUCAGGGCGGCUACCUCAAGAUCUUCAUGGAGGAAGUGCCUGGAGGUUCCUGCCCUGCGUGGGACGGGAACGGAACUGGAGUUGUGGGGCAUGGGGCUGGAGCCAAGCAGAGCCUGUCCUCCUUGCUGCGGUCAGUGUGGGGACCCCUGCAGGACAACGAGAGCACCAUCAGUUUCUACAUCCGCCAGAUCCUGCAGGGACUCAGCUACCUGCACGACAACCGCAUCGUGCAUCGAGAUAUCAAGGGGGACAAUGUACUGAUCAACACCUUCAGCGGGCUGCUCAAGAUUUCCGACUUCGGUACCUCCAAGCGACUAGCAGGCAUCACACCCUGCACUGAGACCUUCACAGGGACCCUACAGUAUAUGGCCCCAGAAAUCAUUGACCAGGGCCCACGAGGGUAUGGGAAGGCGGCGGACAUCUGGUCAUUGGGCUGCACUGUAAUCGAGAUGGCCACAGGUCGCCCACCCUUCCACGAGCUGGGGAGCCCGCAGGCUGCCAUGUUUCAGGUGGGCAUGUACAAGGUGCACCCACCAAUGCCCAGUUCUCUGUCAGCCGAGGCUCAAGCCUUCCUCCUCCGAACUUUUGAGCCGGACCCACGCCUCCGAGCCAGUGCUCAAGCGCUGCUGGAGGACCCCUUCCUGCAACCUGGGAAGAGGAGCCGCAACCCCGGCUCCCCCCAGUACGCUCUAAGGCCCUCAGACGCCCCUUCCGCCAGCCCCACUCCUUUAGCUGCCUUGACCUCCCAGUCCCAGACAUUCCCGCGGCCUCAGGCACCCUCUCAGCACCCUCCCAGUCCCCCCAAGCGCUGGCUCAGUUAUGGGGACACCAGCCAGCUCCGGGUGCCGGAGGAGCCUGGGGCCGAGGAGCCCGCGUCCCCUGAGGAGAGCUCGGGGCUGAGCCUCCUGCACCAAGAGAGCAAGCGCCGGGCCAUGUUGGCUACGGUACUGGAGCAGGAGCUACAGGCCCUGGCAGAGAGUCUGCACCUGGAGCAGGAACAGGGUUCCCAUCUGGGGAGGAAUCAUGUGGAACAGCUACUGCGCUGCCUCAGGGCGCACAUCCACACUCCCAACCGCCGGCAGCUGGCCCAGGAGCUGCAGGAGCUGCAAGGGCAGCUUCAGGCCCAGGGCCUUGGGCCCGAGAUUCUGCAAGGACCGCUCUUCGCCUUCCCAGAUGCGGUGAAGCAGAUCCUCCACAGGCGCCAGAUCCGCCCACACUGGAUGUUCGUGCUGGACUCGCUGCUCAGCCGCGCUGUGCUGGCAGCCUUGGCUGUUCUGGCCCCAGAGGCGGAGAAGGAGGCAGUCCCACCGAAGUCGGAGGAGUCCAGUAAAGAAGAGGAGUCCCAGGAGAAGCAGCAGGAGACCCCAGUCCAGCGGAGCCCACUCCCAGGGGAACCCGAGCAGGGAACCCCACCUUCGAUGGUGCAGCUGGGCCUCUUGCGAGCAGAGACCGAUAGGCUACGAGAUGUCCUGGCUGAGAAGGAACGGGAGUGCCAGGCCCUGGUGCAGCUAACCCUACAGCGCGUCAGUGGGGAGCCCGCAGCUGCUCUCACAGUGGACCAUGGCCUGGUGCGGUGGCUACAGGAACUGAAUGUGGAUUCAGGCACCAUCCGGACGCUACUGAACCACAGCUUCACCCUCCAUGCCUUACUGACCUGUGCCACUAGAGAUGACCUCGUCUACACACGCAUCAGGGGAGGGAUGGUAUGCCGCAUCUGGAGAGCCAUCUUGGCACAGCGAGCAAGGUCCACGCCAGUUACCCCUGGCCCGCGGGAGGCUGAAUGAGGACAUCAGAGACGGGAGGCCAGACCCAAGGAUGGAUGAAUGCAGGAAACACAGCGGCUUCUGACACACCUGCCCCAGGACCCAGGGGCAACUGGAGGAGGCCAGGUGGGUGGGGGGCAGGGUAGGGCCCAAGCCUAGCCCCAGUGGGGGGAACCAACCAGAGAGGUGUCUCAAGCUCACGGAGUGCCGGCAGGCAAAGACUAUUAAA